CCUUCAAUGACCUUCCUGUCCCAUAGGAGUUCUCAGGCAGCUUCAAUGGAAGGAGGGAGCCAAGAAGGGGGCCUGGUAUACAUUCAAAGAUGAUAAUUACGACAUGGAUUGUGUAUAUUCUUGCUCGGAAAGGUGUAGGGCUUCCCUUCCUACCAAUAACCAGUUCGGACAUCGACGUUGUGGAAAGCGAGGCUGUGUCUGUACUACAGCAUUGGUUGAAAAAAACAGAAGAAGAGGCUUCUCGGGGCAUAAAGGAAAAGCUGGCCAUCAACCACCCUUCCCAGGGCGUAAGGGAGAAGAUAUCCACUGACUCCCCUUCCACCCAUGGCCAGGACAUCCAUGUGACCAGAGAUGUGGUGAAGCACCACCUCUCUAAGUCUGAUUUGUUGGCAAACCAGAGCCAAGAGGUCCUAGAGGAGAGAACACGAAUCCAGUUCAUAAGAUGGAGCCACACUCGUAUCUUCCAAGUGCCAAGUGAGAUAACAGAGGACAUCAUGCGAGAUCGAAUAGAGCAGGUGAGACGAAGCAUAUCCCGUCUUACAGAUGUCUCAGCUCAGGACUUCAGUAUGAGACCCUCCUACUCAGACUGCUGAGAGCAACAGGUGGAAGUCCUUCAGGGUCCAGCAGCAACCUGUAUCAGAAGAACAUCCUUCUCUGCUUGACCUGAAGAAGGGCCAGACCUGGGCAGAAAGACGCCAGCAGGUGAGCUCUUCAUGCGAUGAUGUCAGCACUGGAGUCUUCUUGCCGAACUGCGAAUAAAGAGAUGUGCUAUUUAACAACC